ACAAAUCAUAAUUUUUGAUUCGAUAAAUACUAAAAGCUUUGAGAAAAUUCGGUGAGACAACAAAACUAGAAUUUAUGUAACUUUUUCUUAACGAGUUUCAUUUUUUUGCAGUUCCACGGUUGACAUUGCUCAAGCUUCCCCGUAACAUUUGCUUACUUGUUCUUGGAUUGGGUGCCUCACUUCACUCUUUCAAUCUUGAUACCUUCCUUUCUCCUGAAGAAGCUGUUAAUAAACACGAUCCUGAAGAAGUUCUUAUAAGCUAUGUCACUAGGAGAGGUCUUUAUUUCUGGAUUACUUCAAGUGUUACUUGAAAGGUUGACAUCUCGUGAGACGCUGAGCUACUUUAGACGCCUACUUGGCGUUGGCAAAGAGCCGGACAAAUGGAAUUCAAUGUUGUUUGCUAUUCAAGCAGUACUGAAUGACGCGGAGGAGAAGCAGUUGACGAGCCGAGCAGUGAAAUUGUGGCUGGAUGGUCUUAGAGACUUGGCUUAUGAUGUGGAAGACAUAUUGGACAAGUAUUCAACCGAGAUAUUGCGACGCCAAAUAAAGAAGAAACAUUGGGCUACCACAAGCAAAGUAUGAGGAUUGUUUUCUGAUGUUAAAUUUAACUAUAACUUGAGCUCAGAAAUAAAGAAGAUUACUGAUCGGUUACGUGAGAUAGUGGAACGGAAAAACCAACUUGGUUUAAAUGAGGGGACGCCAUCUACUAAGGAAUGGCAUGUGUCACCAAGUUCCUAUCUACCAGAAGGACCUGUGAUUGGAAGGGAUACAGACAAGAUGAAGAUUAUUGACUUGUUGGUGAAAGAAGCACCCCGUGUCGUCAACUUUCAUGUAGUUGCCAUUGUCGGUAUGCCUGGAGUGGGAAAGACAACACUUGCAAGGCAUGUAUAUGAUGAUGACGCGACAAAAGAGUUUAACCUAAAAGUGUGGGUAUCUGUGUCGGAUGACUUCAAUCUUGAGAGAGUGACAAAGGCAAUUCUUGAAUCCGCCACAUCUGGUCUUGCAAAGGAGUACAAGGAAUUCAACCAGGUUCAAGAAAGUUUGAGUAAGGAGCUCGCAGGAAAAAAGUUUCUAAUUUUUUUAGACGAUGUUUGGAAUACAUGUGUCUAUGAUUUGUGGAUAAAAUUGCAGUCCCCCUUUCGUGUUGGAGCAUUAGGAAGUAAGAUAGUUGUGACAACACGUGAUGCAAAUGUUGCAAACAUGAUGGGAUCCACUGUUUAUCAAUUGGGUGGCAUAACAGACGAUCAAUGUUGGGAAGUCUUUGAGCAGCAUUCGCUCUUGGACAUUACCAAUAAAAGGCCGCAAAAGUUUGAGUUGAUAAAGGAGAAAAUUGUUGCAAAAUGCCGCGGAUUGCCAUUGGCUGCAAGGACUCUUGGAGGUCUUCUACGUUGUAAACAAGUGGAAGAAUGGGAGGCAAUCUUAAACAACAAGAUGUGGAGUCUAUCAGACGAUAGUGGCAUUCUCCCGGUAUUAAAAUUGAGCUAUCACUAUCUCCCUUCGAGUUUGAAACGGUGCUUCGCCUAUUGUUCCCUACUUCCAAAUGACUAUGAGUUCGGGGAGAAGCAGUUGAUCCUUCUGUGGAUGGCAGAAGGUUUGAUUCAACAAAGAGUAGAGGACAAGAAACAAUUGGAAGAAGUAGGCAGUGACUAUUUUCAAGAGUUAUUGUCCAGGUCAUUAUUUCAAAAGGCAAGCAAAAGCAAUGAUAAGUAUGUAAUGCAUGACCUUAUUGGUGAGUUGGCGCGGUGGGCUGCAGCUGAAAUAUGCUUUUCAUUGGAGGACAAGGAAAAUUGUGACUUGCAUCCAAUGGCUCGUCAUAUGUCUUAUGUCAGUGGUAGGUUUGAUGGGGUUAAAAAAUUUGAGGCCAUUUCCAAAGUUAAACAUUUGAGGACAUUCCUGCCAUUUGCACAAGAUUUAAUUCGGCUUUCACAAUAUAAUCGGAACUAUCUAACUCGUCGGCUUACAUUUGAUCUAUUGCCAGAACUGCGAAUCUUACGGGUGCUUUCUUUGAAUGGCUAUGAAAUAACCGAGCUGCCCAAUUCCAUUGGUAAAUUGUGGAAUCUACGGUAUCUGGACCUUUCUUAUACAAAGAUAAAGAGUUUGCCUCCAUCAACAACCACUCUUUGCAAUCUGCAAACAUUGUUAUUAAAAGGUUGUUCUAAAUUGAAGGCAUUGCCCUCAAACUUGAGUAAUCUAAUUAAUUUGCGGCAUCUCAACAAUUCCAGUGGAUUGGAAGGAAUGCCUCCGCAUAUAGGUCGAUUGACGAAUCUGCAAUCCUUGUCGUAUUUUGUGGUAGGCAAAGGUAGUGAUCAGUCUGGGAUAAGAGAGAUAGGGUCCCUACUGCAUCUCCGAGGGACAUUGUGCCUCUCAAGAUUGGAGAAUGUGGUUGAUGCUAAGGAUGCUAGUGAGGCCAAGUUAAUAGACAAGGAGAGGCUUGAUUCAUUACAGCUGGAAUGGUCUAAUUUGAGCGGAUCGAGGGAAAUGGAGUUGGGUGUGCUUGACAUGUUACAACCUCCUAAAAAUCUCAAAGAGCUCACCAUUGAAGGUUAUGCUGGAUUGAAAUUUUCAUCGUGGAUUGGAGAUCCUCUGUUCUCUAACAUGGUCCGUGUAAGCUUAUACAAUUGUGCAAGUUGUCAUCUCUUGCCACCAGUUGGACAGUUGCCUUGCCUUAAAGAACUUUAUAUCGGGGGAAUGACUGCCGUGGAAAUCAUUGGUCCUGAAUUCUACGGAGAGGGUAGUUUGCCUUUUCGAGUAUUAAAGAUUCUCAAGUUUUCGGAGAUGGAGCAGUGGGAGAAAUGGCUGCCUUUCGAUCAGGAUAAGGGAAGUGGUGUUUUCCCUAGCCUAAAAAUGCUUUUAGUCCAAGGCUGCCCUAAAUUGGAGGGUGAGUUGCCGAAGAAACUUAAUUCGUUAUCAAAGCUUGAGAUUUAUAGGUGCAAGGAAUUGGUGGUGGAAAUUGCCAAUUAUGAACACGCGAGUGAAGUAAGCAUCCAUGGUUGCAAAGCGCUUGUGCAUACUAGCGCAGAGGUUGACUUUAAGUUAUUAGAGACCAUGAGGCUUUCAAAUAUUUUGGAGCCGCGGUUGGGAGCAAGGGGACUUACGAAAGGAUUGGGCAAGAUUAAGGAGUUGAAGAUUAGUGGUUGUGAGGAGCUGACGUCUUCACUGGAAAAAGAGGAUAGAUGUUUCCCACACCUGAUUUCUCUUGUUCGUUUGGUUAUUGAAGGCAACUCUGCCCUUGUUGAAGAUCUCGGAAAAGAAUUGGAGGGGUUGCUGCAGGUUCCAAUUUUAGCUUGCAAGCUUGAAUAUCUGGAAAUAAACAACUGUGAACGUCUUUCGAAGCUGCCGAAGGGGUUGCGUCAGUUGUCGUUUCUUCAAGAGCUUCACAUAAGCCACUGUUCAAGUCUAAUUCCCCAAAAUCUGAAAAGAAUAGAGAUAUGGGAGUGUGGAAGUUUGAAAUCAUUAGUGGAGGAGGAGAAGGAGCUCGUUGUUUCUUGUUCAUCUUCUUUUUCUGUUUCUCUUGAGCACUUGGAGGUACAUGGUUGUCCAUCUCUGACAUCGUUAUCACCGAGAGGCCAGCUUUACAGGGCGCUUAAACACCUUGAGAUAUAUGCAUGUGAAGGGCUAGAGUUAAUAGCAUCAGACCGGUUCUUCCACGACAACACUAAUAAUUGUCUUGAAUAUAUUAGUAUUGACACGUGUCCAAAUCUGAAAUCCUUACCGGAGGGCCUAUGCCACCUCACCAAUCUUCAAGCUUUUAUUGUUAGGGACUGCGGAAAAUUGGAGGUGUCACCGGAAGACAUUCGCAAUCUCACGUCUCUUAAGGAAUUGGAGAUUGACUGCUUGGAAGGUUUGACUUCCUUUCCUCCCAACCUCACAUCACUUGUAAUUUCUAAACUCAAGAGUUGUAAGCGGCUCUGGGAGUUGGAGUGGGGGUUGCACAAACUCUCCUCCCUUAGAAAGUUGGUGAUCGAAAGUGAAGAUCCAGAUGUGUUGUCAUUUCCACCUGAUGGGAAGGAGGAGAUGCUGCUCCCCAAUUCUCUCUCUGGACUCACAAUUUGUGGCUUCCCAAAUCUGAAGAAACUUGGCCGAGGCCUUCAAUUCCUCACCUCUCUUCAGACUCUGAAACUAUUUCAUUGUCCAAAUCUGAAGAAACUCGGCAAUGGCAUUCAAUUCCUCACCUCUCUUCAGACUCUGCAACUAAUUGCUUGUCCAAAGCUCGCAUCCAUUCCAGAGGAAGGCCUGCCUCUUUCACUUGGGAAACUUCUGAUCUUAGGGUGUUCUCUACUAAAAGAGAGAUGUCAACCUGGAAAAGGACGAUACUGGCCCAAAAUAUCCCGCAUUCCUUGCCUACAAAUAGAUUGUACGUGGCUCUGA